GCGUGUUGCACUCGUCGUCUGUGGUUGAUCUGUUUUCGGCGUACAAUUCGAUCAUUCACUUUGUGGACCAAUUGGAAUGGAAGAACGAGGAAGACUCGACCCAAUUCAUCGAAGUCAUAGCACGCGCUAUUGGCGAGAGUCUGCUCAAAUAUGCAGAUUGGCUGAAUGUACAGUCAGCAGUCCCCGACCCGGAAGACCUCGCGCUACAACCCGAUUCAACCGAUACGGAUACUCCAAAG